CACCCCCUGCGCUAAGAGUUUAGGGUUUAGCAGCAGAAGGUAGAAGCAAACAAUGGCGCCCAAAACUCCUAGAGUCACGAGAAAUCCUGAAUUGGUAAGAGGAAUAGGAAAGUACUCGAGGUCGAAGAUGUACCACAAGAGGGGUUUGUGGGCCAUCAAGGCUAAAAACGGUGGCGUUUUCCCGCGCCACGAUCCCAAACCUAAGCCCACAGCUCCGGCCGAGAAGCCUCCCAAGUUCUACCCGGCCGACGAUGUUAAGAAGCCCCUUGUCAACAAGCACAAACCUAAACCUACUAAACUUAGGGCCAGCAUUACUCCCGGGACAGUAUUGAUACUUCUUGCUGGGAGAUUCAUGGGAAAGAGAGUAGUGUUUCUGAAGCAGCUUCCUUCGGGAUUGCUUCUUGUUACUGGUCCAUUCAAGAUAAACGGAGUUCCUCUGAGACGUGUAAGCCAGUCUUAUGUCAUUGGAACAUCCACCAAGGUAGACAUCUCUGGAGUUAAUGUGGAAAAGUUUGAUGACAAGUACUUUGCCAAGAAGGCCGAGAAGAAGAAGAAGAAGGGAGAGGGAGAAUUCUUUGAAGCAGAAAAGGAGGAGAAAAACGUGAUCCCUCAAGAGAAAAAAGAUGACCAGAAAGUAGUGGACACAGAAUUGAUAAAAGCCAUAGACGGUGUUCCAGACUUGAAGGCUUAUUUGGGUGCAAGGUUUUCUCUCAAGGCCGGCAUGAAGCCUCAUGAGCUAGUCUUCUAAGCUAAGCAGAGUCUUUGACUUAAUUUUUCUCGUUCUGUUCUAGUUCAGCUAGGUCGGAGUUGCUUUACUCAUGGGCCAUUCUUCGCUGGGGAUGACGAAAGAAUAUGAUUUUUUUAUACUAGUGAAGUGAUUUAUUUGCUUCAAUUUUUGCUCGUGAGCUAAUUGAUUUUAGAAACCUGUUACAUAUUUGGAUAGUAUCACAAGAAGUUUUGGGUUUUCUACGAGACGUGAAAAUAACUCGUUGAGUAA